AACAAACAGCCUCUGUUCUUUAUUCCUCCCCCAAACAUGAGGAAUUUCAGAAGCUGACAGAGGUACCCUCCUCGCUCUAUGUCCUCUAGCUGCUGUAUUACAGAGGAGAGAGUGGGGGACAUGUAGGGAGGUGGAGGAAGGAGGGAUGAAGAUGGAAGGAGGGGAGAGGAAGAGGAGGGGAUGCUGCUGCUGCUGCUUAUCUGGAGCUGCUGCCCGACACAAACUGAAUCUGGGAGAAUAAAUGGAGAAAUGUUUCAGGCAUUGAUGGACACUGUGCUGCGUAUGAGAUCCAGCACCCUACUGCUGACAGCGAUUUUGCUAAGCUGGGCUGAUGGCAAAAAUGAAUCAAUUUACUGGAUGGCUAAGCAGCCGAACCUCCGUGUAACCAGCAGGCUAAAUCCUGCUGGGAGGAGCAAUGUGAUCACCAUCCUGUCUAAGGUGCAUUCUGACCACAAUGUGUAUCCGUCCUCUGGGGUUCUGUUUGUUCAUGUUCUGGAGAGAGAGAGUUACAAAGGGGAAUUCCCUGCUUAUCCAAAGCCAGGUGAGCUAAGCAAUGAUCCGAUAACAUUUAAUACAAAUCUGAUGGGCUAUCCUGACCGUCCGGGAUGGCUGCGCUAUAUUCAGCGAACUCCUUACAGUGAUGGAGUACUCUAUGGAUCUCCGACUUUCGAGAGUGUGGGAAAGCCCACCAUUAUUGAGAUAACGGCUUAUAACAGACGUACCUUUGAGACAGCGAGGCAUAAUUUGGUCAUCAACAUCAUGUCAGCAGAAGAUUUCCCACUCCCAUAUCAAGCCGAGUUCUUCAUUAGAAACAUGAAUGUAGAGGAAAUGUUGGCCAGCGAAGUUCUUGGAGAUUUUCUCGGAGCGGUAAAAAAUAUCUGGCAACCCGAUCGUCUGAAUGCUAUUAAUAUCACCUCCGCGCUGGACAGGGGGGGCCGAGUCCCGCUCCCCAUCAAUGAUAUGAAGGAAGGUGUCUAUGUCAUGGUCGGAGCAGAUGUCCCGUUCUCAUCAUGUCUACGGGAAGUAGAGAACCCCCAGAAUCAGCUGCGGUGCAGCCAGGAGAUGGAGCCUGCAAUUAGUUGUGAUAAAAAGUUCAGAGCCCAGUUCAGUAUAGACUGGUGUAAGAUCUCACUGGUGGAUAAAACAAAACAGGUGUUUAUAACGCAGGAAGUCAUGCGCGGUGAAGGGAUCCUACCGGACGCUGGAGAAUAUAAACCUCCUUUGGAAUCCCUGAAAAGUCGGGAUUAUUAUGCGGACUUCCUCAUCACAUUGGCAGUGCCCUCCGCCGUAGCACUGGUGCUGUUUGCCAUACUGGGUUACAUCAUGUGCUGCCGGAGAGAAGGGAUGGAAAAGAGAAACAUGCAAACACCAGACAUUCAACUUGUUCACCACAGUGCUAUCCAGAAAUCUACGAAGGAGCUGCGUGACAUGUCUAAGCACAGAGAAAUCGCCUGGCCGCUUUCAACACUUCCAGUUUUCCACCCGGUGACUGGCGAAAUGGUGCCGCCGCUCCACACCGACACCUACGAUAACACCAACAUGCCUCUCAUGCAAACGCAUCAGACUUUGCCACAUCAGACUCCGAUACCACAACAUCAGCAGCAAAAUGCAGGAGAGUUUCGCAUGACAACCUUUCAAAGAUUUGAGGUCAAUGGUAUACCUGAGGAGCGGAAACUGACAGAAGCGAUGAACUUAUAACAAACACGCCAAGUCACAGUCACCAUUUUCUUACAAACUUUGCAGCUUUGGAGGAAAGAUGUACCCAGCAUGGCCCAGACCUGUUUAACUGCAUUAUGUUACGUCACUUUACAUUUGGGGAUUUUGUAUGACUUUUGUAAACUCGUGAAGAACAACUAAUAUCUGUACAUAUUGGAUCAGUGGACAAUAAUAUUGCUGGAUUAUUUUGAUUCACACCAAGGAUGAACCACUCUGGAUGGAGAAGCAUUUGUUGAGUAUUAAAGGCAACAAAAUAAAGCUAAACUGAUGUAUUUAGGAAUCAUUAAAACUAAAACCAAAUUCAUCCAGAAUCGGGUAUUGCCAGUGUACACUAAAAAUUGUGAAUGAAAAAAGAAAAUCUAUAACAUUUAUAUAUACAGUUGUGUUCAGUCUACAUUUGUUAUUCGGGUAGAAAAUAUUGCUUUCUUGAAGCACAAUUAAAUAAUCAGGAUCAAAGGUUCA